GUAGUACCCUUCUGUACAGCUUAAUUACAAUCAAUUGUGGAUUAAACUGUCUUCUUAGAUCUAUUCCAUUAAUGAGACCACUAAUCCUGCUGCAUCCGCAAUGGCGGAGGUCCCUGCCACAGUGGACACAGCGUGAUUUAGUGAAUCGACUCUUUAUCCGCUUCAAGACGACCCAGAAGGCCGGGCGAGGAGGGAAAGAGAAAGCGUCCAGCGCGUCGUCAACGCCUCCGAAGACCGAGGGUUCCAGUUUUCUAGGUGGCACAAUCACCCAGAUGUCGCCGGCCACUUAUGCGAAGACAACGUUACGACGAGGACCGCCGGAACGUGUUUUGAUAUAUAACGGAGGGGCAGGGAAGAUCGUGAUGCUGGGGACAUUGCGAAUCACCACAAUCUUCAUUUUCGGAGCGGCGUGCUUGUUUCUUGCGCCGGCCUUUGCGACUGCCGACCACCCCUGGUAUAUGGCUCCGGCGAUCAUUGUCUGUGGCUCGAUACCGAUGCUUUUUGUGGGGUAUACCGCUGUUCCUUUUGUCAACUAUAUCCAUCUCAGUCUUCCGAUGACUGCGCGGCGGUCUCGUGAGCAGAUGCUCCGAUACGCGAAGAACUUGCCCCCAGAUGCGAUAUUGCAUAUCAAUACAAUGAGAUUCACCACCUACCCUCGACGGGCAGAUGUGAAGUUAGCCGACCUCGUCCCGGACAGCGACCUGCUGCGACCCGUCAGUUUCAGGAACGUGAACCCAGCGCCGUAUCAAUGGUGGCAGGGAAAACCAACGAGCCAAUUCUAUACCUCGAAGGAGAGCAAGAUGGAGAAACACUCCUCGGCGUUCUAUCCUGAGCUGUGGGAGCCAGUAUUCAAGCAAAUACUGGCAAACUCGAAGAAAUAGGCAAACAUAUACCUUCUAAUAAAAAAAAAAAAAAAGAAAACCGAUGUCUCCUGCCCCUCUCUUUUUAAUUCCCUAUGGUGAAUGAUGUUUUGGGGAGUCCCU